CAGAUUCCUCCACUGAUCACCAUUCGCACAAAUGUCUGCAUCUCGUCCCGCCUCGUUUCCAUUCCUCUUCUACAGUACAGAGGGAAAACGGGGCGAAAUUGGAACCCAGACCAAAUCCGCACGAGGAUCGUCUGCCCUGUAACUACCCUCGUCGAGGACAGGUGAAAAAAAAAAAGGUAAGGUAGAGCCUAGAGAGUGCGUUUGGAGAGUCGUCGUGGUCGACGAUUGCGCACCACGUGGACGGAUUCGCGCCAGUCGAAGUAGGGGUAGUAGAAGACUGCGCCUGGUCUCAGGGUAGGGUGAGGUUCCCGGGUGGGGACCGACGUCGAGCGUCGACGGCAGACGCGCGUUCACGGUUCUCUCUCCCCGCGCGAGACGCAUCCGCGCCACUCCAGACGAAAAACGACGACGGGUUCAGUCGGCACGCGGCGUCGCGACGCAUUCCAUCGUCGUGCGCUUCGUCCACCGGUGGCGAGGCUCGUGGGAUCCUUUUUAUUGGAUGUUCUAUGAACGGGAGGAUCGGUUCGGGUGAGACCUGUGCCAGUGAGGAGGGACCGAGUUUUCACCACGAGACGUUCCUUGAACUUCGACCCCUUCGUACGACGCCACGCCUGCUGCUGCGCCCUUCGGAAGCUUACGGGCAAAGGUGAACCGGUGCUGUUUGUAAGAGUCGAGUGGCAGAAAUAUGGGCCAAGGCCGUACGUUACCGAAAUCGAGUAAUUUCCGGCCGCCAAAGGGAACUCGACGCUGAUUCCACGAACGGAUCCACUACCAGGGAGAUCACUCGGAACAGCCAGUAGCGAACGUCGAACGUUCACCAUGCCGCCUCGCAGUGGAUGCACAAAAGGACUCCGCGGGAACGGGAAGUCGAAACACUGAAUUCGUCGCAAAUCGACGUGGCCCGUCGGAUGCGUCAUGUCGUCCUACGAGAGGCACGUUUACGAGUGGAAUCUUACUUGAGCCGCGGAGAAGCAUCGAGAUUACAAUGUCGGCGACCGCGACGGACACGCUGCCGUCGACGACCGUUACCGGGGAAUUGACGACUGCCCUGAUACCGACCGUGACCAGGAUCGAUACGCGGCUAGACGUCAGUCCGAUUUCGGUGGUCCUGGCGGUGUCGAUAGUCUGCAUUUUAUCACCGAUCACCGUCACAGGGAACUCGAUUAUUCUGGCCGCCUUCUAUAGAUACAAGAGGUUACGGACUGCAUCCAAUUACCUGCUGGUAUCUCUAGCCGUCAGCGAUUUCGGGGUCGGGGUGUUCAUGCCCUUUGGAAUGCAGCUGGAGCUGUCCGGUCUCCCGGAAAAUGGCGUUUCCACUCUGUGCAUCGCGCCGUACUGCAUCGUGAUCGCAUUGUGCAGCGUGAGCGUGUUGGUCACCGUGGCGAUCGCGGUGGACCGGUUAACGUCCCUCGCCCAGCCCCUCAGGUACAAAAACAUCAUCACUCACAGCAGCAUCGAGAAGUACAUCGCUGUGUUUUGGAUCUACGCGAUCGCCGUCGGCCUCUCGCCCUUGAUCUACGCCGAGAUCGCCGGGGAAACCCAGCCUCACAGUGGCAGUUGCAGGUUCGCUGCUGCCGUGCUACCACCGGUACGGGUGUUCCUGGUAAUCGCUGUAUGGGCUCCCAGCGCGCUCGUUCUCCUCGCCUGCUACAUGUACGUGUACCUGGUGGCACGUGCACACGCGCGUGCGAUUUACACGGUGGAGUUGUCGUUCAGACAUCAGACACAGACGCUGGCGUUGCCGCGUUACGGCCAAACACUCGCGGUCACGGUCGGCGCGUUCCUCAUACUCUGGCUACCCUUUCAAACUUGCAUGCUGUUGGACAUCUUCUGCGGUACUAACAUCCUCACCGAAUGGGGAGUGUGGCUGGGGCUACCGAUCAUGGCGCACAGCGGCGUGAAUCCAUGGAUCUACGCGUUCCACCACGGUGAGAUGAGGAUGGCCGCCGGGAAGAUCACCGAGGAGCUCGUGGCUCGCUUCGGGAUGACCCCUAGUCGUUACGGUUGCUCGCCGAUGAGGCGAGCUUCCAAUACGCACAUGGAACUGGCCGAAGUGAACAACAGCAAUGACAGUAGGCGACAUCCCAUCGAAGAUUGUUUCGCAGCGAAGCAGAACGUCAUAUACACCAGUAGACGAUGUCUGGGUGCAUCGAGACACACGGACAUCUCGCCAGAGAGGAAUAUCGAACACUCGUCUUCCGUCGGGCAACAGGAAGACAUCGUCGAGGAAGAUAUCCACGAUCUGACGAAGAUGCUCGAUUUGAAGUACAUAAUCGAUAGGAACCACAUGAUCGAUUCUAAUCAUAAUAUAGAUAAAAUCAAGAAUUUGAAAUACGUGUUGGAUCCCACGUUCAAUAAAAUUAGACACUUGAGGAGACUGAAUCAUAAGAGAUUGACCAGUAAGAACUUCUCGAAGGCGUCCGAGCCGAAGUUCACCUCUUACCAGAAUCUGAAGACCGACGUAACGUUGAACAGAAAAGUGUUGCAGAUGAACACUAUGUCGGAUCCAAUGUUGAGCGCAGACACUCCGACCGCGAGUGGGAAACAGUUCCACGACGGUCUCAGCCCGGUCAACGACAAACGGAGGAACUCGAAUUUAUGCUCGAUGUCCGAUCCCGAUAUCAAAGCUGCGAUCGGGCACUCGUCGGAAGUGAACUUGAGGCUCCCGACCAGUGGCAACGUCAUAGAAGCGCAUAGGUUCUCCGUGCAGAAUUUAGAUCACCAUAGAUACGACGGGGGAUUGGCUAAACACGUCAUGCUGUCCCAACAAUUGGAGAAUCAGAGGCGAUUCCAAAUCUAUCCACGUCCUCGAGUGAAGAUCAACUUGGCUGGGACCAGUCCGAAUUUGAACUUGAGACUUCAGAACAGUUACGCUUCGCUACCCACGCCGGGCAGUAUAAGUUCGUUAGAGAGUCCAAGGCAGGCAAGAACGUCUCUCAAGCACAUGACGAUUACUGCCAACAAACUGGCGAGCAUCGGUCGCUCGAACAAUUCGAGGAACAUAGAAUCCAGAUUGGAUCCGAUGUCUCGAAGAAACGAGAUAAUGAGACAUUCCGAAUCGAUCAACACCAUCGAACCCAUGACGCACGUCAGGCUGUUAGAACCUUACAGAGUGAUGGAAACUCUCGCUGUGCCUACGAUACACUCGGAGCCACCGAGCCCCAUAGAUCCCCUUCCCCUGGCUUCUCUAGAAGAGGAAGACACGAGGAAUGGCGAGACUUUGAAACCGUCGAUCAGCAUCGAUCACGCCAAGUCUCCGAUGGGCGACAGAAGAAGCCCCGUGAGGCACUCGGACCCUGUGAUACCAUCCGUUUUACUAAAUAUCGAAGACUACAGCGAAUCGUUCAACGGCAAAUCUAGUCACGGUUCCUCGAACGCAGCUUCGCCGAGUCAAACGUUACCCAUAGAACCGAUAGGCCUGUUCGAAGCUCUGUUAAAAAAUUCAGACAAAAGAGACGGCAGAUUGCCAGAACCGAUCUUCGCUGAACAUGAUUCGACGAGGUUCAGUUCGAGAAGACCGUCAGACUCGAAGUGGUCCGAAUCCUCUAGGAGCCAGGAGAUCCUGUCUACCGUGGAAGCCGAGCAUCAGUUCCCUUCGUCCUAUUCGGUGAACAACUUCCAAGUCUGCAACAGUGGAAGCGAUCUGAACGAUCUAACGUCGCUGGAUCCUUUCAUGUGUCCCGACGCGUUGACCUCGUCGUUGAGGGAAUCGUUUUUCAGUGCCCCAUCGAUGCCCGGUUCAGAGAUCUUCACUUCGUUCGAAGAGAACGAGUCCACUUACACGCCCGAUUCAGAACGCGAGUGGUCCCCGUACGAUUCCAAUUCAAGGAUCAACGCGAGGAGAUCUGUGAUCGAGAACGAUCUACAGAGCAAGUCGACGGAAUCCAUGUUGAGGAACAAAUGUUUAUCGACGAGAUCGGGACUAGAGCCGUCUCUGCAUCGAAACAGAUUGCGAGUGAAGGGUGCGGAUUAUUUCUUAAAGGACUUGUCCAUGAAGAAUCCAAGACUGGCGCCCCUAGCCUCGCCAACGCCCACGGAAAUCUGCACCCCUACCUUCGAGUUUGUCUCGGAGAUAAAGGGUGACAGUGGCGUCGGCGUCCGGGUGUAGAUUCGUUUCCGGAGGACUGGAUCGACGGAGACUUGUACCAUGUACAUUGUCGUGUGUAUGUAUUUUUAUAACAGUUAGAGAGAUCCUCUAUCUUGUUUCAUCAAGAGGUAUACACGUACUUACGUAUGUAUGUAUGUAAUUAACGUAAAUGUAUAUUAUUGUGAGACGAUGAAAUCUAACUUUCAUUUGGACUGUGAUAGUACUUUAGUGGGAUCAUAGAGCGAUCACGAGAGAGGGGAAAUUAUGUAUAAUUUAAUCCUUCGACUCCUACGAACAGUUGCACCGAGUCCUCGUUUAAAAAGAAGUUAUUCGUUUGUCGGAAGUGUGAAACUUUCAAGGAGCCUUAGGAUCGGACUCGUAAAUUUGUAAUAUAUCGUUCACGUGUUGACUUAAUCUAAGUGAAGAAUUCGGAGGGCGUAAAGUGGUGACGAGAGUAAUUGAUUAAAUUAAUCAUCUGAUUAACGAAGUCACGCGUACAGCGCUCGUAAAUUAUCCGUUAAGAUCGUAAUUCACAGAUUUUACCUCGCAGAUCGCGGUUCACUUGGCCGAUACUUAAGCAGUCAUUCAUGUUUCUCUAAACGUGCCAAGAGUUUCUUUUCACGCAGAAGAACCGGACUAUGUGUUACCGUUCGAGUACCUGAUCGAAUCUGAUGAACGAUAAUGUCUGAGAACGACGUUUGUCCUUAGACGCAGCCAACGAAAUCUGCCCAUCUUAUAAGUUCCAUACUUUCAUUUAUCUGUAAUCACGAUCUAACACCAGAAAGCUACCACUUAAUCAAAUUAUCAUAUCCGAUUAAACUCGAGAGGAGGAAGCGUUGUUACUCGACAUGCAAACUGUGAAUCAACCUUGUCCUAAUUCUUGCGAAGAUUGUAAGCACAAUAUGCUCAGAAAGUGUAGAUAUUUUCGUGAAGAAAAUAAUUGAGUGAGGAGAAGCUGAAUCAAACGAAAGAAUCAUCUUCGAUUGAGAAGCACACAUAUAUAUAUAUAGUAAGUAUAUUUUGAAAAACAAUUGUACAGUAGAUGGAACGUGAGGACCAAAAACUUUCGAUACACGGAAACUAAUAUGAGAAUCAGUCCUCGAUUCUAGUAGUUCGUAAAUUCUGGAAAACAUGUUGUAAUUCUUUUGUAAUGUCAAUCAUCUAUUUGUCUGAAAUUUAACAAUCGAUCUGUGAAUAUUCCUAUUGAAAUCUCUAAUUUUUAUAUCGCGCCGCUGUGAAAAAAGAAUCGCUUCGCUAGUUCGAAUUCCUAACAAGAUAAAUGAAAAAAAAAUUAUCGCGAGACUGUGUAGAUAGAAGAUCCCCACUGACAACAUGCCAAUUAAGUAUUGAAGCUCUACGAUACUUUACGAUACAUAAGUAUUAGUUGACCGAAUGAAAUUAUUUUUGUUAUCUGCGAUAUUUUUUUAAGACAGACUUCCCUCUGCACGCACGUGUGUGUGUGUACAAGUAUGUAACGCGCAUGUUUCACAGGAAAUUCCUAUUUUUCAGUUCAAUGAACGACAUACGUGUGUAAACAAGUAGUAAUAUAGCUGAAGAUGUACCGAUUUGAUUAUUUCAUUCGGAACAAUUAAAAAUAAAGUUUCAAGCGAAUGUCUAUAAUGUUUCAUUAUAACAACUGCGAAAGAUGUACAAUCAAUUUCUUAAUUAUACGUACUACAAUAAAAGCAGAUCCGACAGUUCUUAAUUCCGCAAACCAGCGAUUCGUUUCUACCGAGUGUCUUCCAUUUAUGUAAAUCGUAGAGUAAUUGGAACUCGACUUUUUAAGUUACGAAUCGACUAAGGUAAACUGAAAACUUCUGUACAAACAAAUAAAUGUCGAUGUGAGAGGCACGUUGAUAUAUAUUUUUAUGAAGUUUUAUCGUUCACCGAAUUGAUAUCGAAUAUACGCGAUACGAAGACAGACUAAACAAAUUACAGAUAUAUGUGAGAGAAAUCAUGUGUUGCUACUGUUUGAUCACGAUAAAGUUGUACCCUACCUGUAUUGACAAAAGUGUAACAGUUUGCCAAGGGAUCGUGCAUAUAUUUGCACACCUCAACGAAUUAGGUAAUUCAAUGAAAAUUAUAAUAAGCUCUAAUAACUGUACUGGAUCCACUCUCUAUUCGUUAUCUGUGUAUCAUAUUUCUUUUCAUGUUAUUUAUUUGCAACAUGUGAUAAGCAUGAAAUCGUAUGUUUUUGUAUAUGUAUAAAAGGAUAUAAUACACUGAUUAGACGAA